GCGGCAGAGCAGAGAAGGCCGAGGGCUUGAAUAGACGGCGUAGGGUGGGGAGUCCGUGAUCAAGAGCGGCGCUGCGGCGCGGUAGGCGGGACUAAGGAGAGCAAGGCGGGGAUUGGCGGGCAGCCCUGGGCUGCGGUACGUCGGCGGUGACGCAUGGCUCGGGGAGGGUGCGCGCGCGUUCAGCGGCCUCUUUGUGUGGUGCCUAGAUAGGAGAGCGGAGGUGGUGGUGCCUGUGGCGGUAGUAACGGCCUUGGUUGUCUUCCAGUUUUCUCUGCUCGCCCUCUGGCCGGCACCUCUCCCCUUCCCUCCCCCUUCCUUUUUUCCUCCUUCCCUCCCCUUCCCUCCUUCCCUUCCCCGCCGGUGACCGGCGGUGGCGGCUCCAGCAACGGCUGGGCCCAAGCUGUGAAGAGGCUUUAGUCAACGAUAACGGCGACGGCGAAACCUCGGAGCUCGCAGGGCGGGGGGAAGGCCCGGCCCUUGGAGAUGGAUAAUUCCCAGUUGUGUAAGCUGUUCAUAGGCGGCCUCAAUGUGCAGACGAGUGAGUCGGGCCUGCGUGGCCACUUUGAGGCCUUUGGGACUCUGACGGACUGCGUGGUGGUGGUGAACCCCCAGACCAAGCGCUCCCGUUGCUUCGGCUUCGUGACCUACUCCAAUGUGGAGGAGGCUGAUGCCGCCAUGGCCGCCUCGCCCCAUGCAGUGGACGGCAACACGGUGGAGCUGAAGCGGGCGGUGUCCCGGGAGGAUUCGGCGCGGCCCGGUGCCCACGCCAAGGUUAAGAAGCUCUUUGUUGGGGGCCUUAAAGGAGACGUGGCCGAGGGCGACCUGAUCGAGCACUUCUCGCAGUUUGGCACCGUGGAAAAGGCCGAGAUUAUUGCCGACAAGCAGUCCGGCAAGAAGCGUGGCUUCGGCUUCGUGUAUUUUCAGAAUCACGACGCGGCAGACAAGGCCGCAGUGGUCAAGUUCCAUCCAAUCCAGGGCCAUCGUGUGGAGGUGAAGAAGGCCGUCCCCAAGGAGGAUAUCCACUCCGGUGGGGGCGGAGGCGGCUCCCGGUCCUCCCGAGGCGGCCGAGGCGGCCGGGGUCGCGGUGGCGGUCGUGACCAGAACGGCCUGUCUAAGGGCGGUGGCGGCGGUUACAACAGCUACGGUGGUUACGGCGGCGGCGGCUACAAUGCCUACGGAGGAGGCGGAGGCGGUUCGUCUUACGGUGGAAGCGACUACGGUAACGGCUUCGGCGGCUUCGGCAGCUACAGCCAGCACCAGUCCUCCUAUGGGCCCAUGAAGAGCGGCGGCGGCGGUGGAGGAGGCAGCAGCUGGGGCGGUCGCAGUAACAGUGGACCUUACAGAGGUGGCUAUGGCGGUGGGGGUGGUUAUGGAGGCAGUUCCUUCUAAAAUUUUAAGCACCUGGGAGUGGCUAUAGGGGUAGCUCUUCAACCGCCAAACUAGGGUCAAUUCCCGAGUCCCUUCCCCUCCCACCGCCUUCCCCAUUUUGCCCUUGGGGGAGCUGCUUCUAAGGCUGCUUACUCUUGGGGGUGUUGCCCUGUUUGCCUGCCACCUCUCUCGUCUCUGCCUCUGAAGAUGGACUCUGCCCCACAUACACAUUUUUGUGUUACAGUUAUUGAUGGACUAUAUUUUUUUAUUAUUACUUGGACUUUCGUCGUUUUUAUACUAGCAAGAUGUCUCGUUUUAAUUUGUGUUUUUUGGGGGGAGGGAGUGAACUUGCUGAUUCUGUAGCAAAACUUGGGUGGGAGUUGGGGUGGGGGGUUAGUUUACUUUGUUGUAAGGACUUGAUACCUGGCUACAGCGUUUUCUAUGAAAUCUACUUGGAUCCCAUGCCUGAAAUUUGGAAGCAUAUGUACAAAAAUCAUUUUUACGUUUUAUUUUUAAUAAACCAUUGUGUUUGACCGUA